AUGGAGGACAUGGAUCUCGAGGAUAAGAAGCCUAAGAAGUACUGCAUGAAGACAAAGCAUGUGGCUAUUAUCUGUGGCGUUGUGGUCAUUGUAGGUCUUGCUGUGGGGCUUGGUGUGGGACUGACCAGACCUAAAUCGCAGCAGUCUUCAGAGGAAACAGAUAAGCCAAAUCAGCCAGAUCAACCAACAACCUCUUCUCCCACAGUGGAUGCAGGUUCCUGUCCUCCUAAAAAUGAUGAGACUGGCGAGUGGAGACAUUUCAGACUACCCACUUACGUGAAGCCUUUCCACUAUGACCUGGAAGUGAAGCCUGAGAUGGAGGCAGACAUUUACACCGGGACAGUCAGUAUUUAUAUUGCUUUGGAAAAGUCUACCACCCACCUGUGGCUCCAUCUGCGAGAGACCAAGAUUACAGAAAGGCCCACGCUCAAGAAGUCCUCAGGACAGCAGAUUGCUCUGACUGACUGCUUUGAGUACGCACCACAAGAGUACAUAGUGAUGAAGGCAGAAGCGGAGCUCCCUGUCACUGAUGAGAAUGACCCUUAUAUACUCACCCUGAAGUUUCAAGGCUGGCUGAAUGGUUCCCUGGUUGGCUUUUAUAGGACCACCUACAUUGAGAACGGAGAGACUAAGAGCAUUGCAGCUACUGACCACGAGCCAACAGAUGCACGGAAAUCAUUUCCUUGCUUUGAUGAACCCAACAAAAAGGCAACUUACAAUGUAUCUAUCAUCCAUCAAAACACGUAUGAAGCACUUGCCAACAUGCCAGUACAGCAAACUGUACAGGUGGAAGAUGGUUGGAAUCGGACAACUUUUGAGAAGUCAGUUCCUAUGAGCACUUACUUGGUAUGCUUUGCAGUGCACCAGUUCAAGUUUGUAGAGAGACAAUCUGCUAGAGGAAUACCCCUGAGAGUUUAUGCCCAGCCACUGCAAUUACACACGGCAGAAUAUGCAGCAAAUGUAACAAAAAUUGUAUUCGACUUCUUUGAAGAGUACUUUAAUUUGAGCUAUUCUCUUCCAAAACUAGAUAAAAUAGCUAUUCCAGAUUUUGGGACAGGUGCUAUGGAGAACUGGGGGCUGAUCACAUACAGAGAAACAAACCUACUUUAUGAUCCCAACGAGUCUGCCAGUUCCAACAAACAGCGAGUAGCAGCCGUGAUAGCUCACGAGCUCGUUCACCAGUGGUUUGGAAAUAUUGUGACCAUGGACUGGUGGGAUGACCUGUGGUUAAAUGAAGGAUUUGCCAGUUACUUUGAGUUCCUGGGAGUCAAUGCUGCAGAACCAGAUUGGGAAAUGCUUGACCAGGUUUUAAUUGAUGACGUGCUUCCUGUAAUGAAGGAUGACGCUUUGCUUUCUUCCCACCCAAUUGUGGUCAACGUGUCAUCUCCAGCUGAAAUCACCUCUGUGUUUGAUGUGAUUUCCUACAGCAAGGGUGCAUCGAUUCUCAGGAUGCUUCAAGACUGGAUUACGCCGGACCUCUUCCAGAAAGGGUGUCAGGCAUAUUUGAAGAACCACCAUUUCCAGAAUGCCAAGACACAGCAUUUUUGGGAAGCUCUGGAAACGGCCAGUAAUAAAUCUGUGAGCGAAGUCAUGGACACAUGGACUAGGCAGAUGGGCUACCCUGUACUGGAGAUGGGAAGUAAUUCAGUAUUCAGCCAGAAACGUUUUCUCUUGGAUCCCAGUGCAGAUGCUGCUUCUCCUCCCUCUGAUCUCGGUUACAAAUGGAAUAUACCAGUGAAAUGGGGACUGGGGAAUUCAAUGAAUUAUACUUUGUACAACACAUCAGAUUCUGCAGGAAUUACAAUAACAUCAUCUCCCGAUUCUUUUGUGAACGUGAAUCCAGACCACAUUGGAUUUUAUCGUGUGAAUUAUGAUAAUCAAACCUGGACCAAGUUAAGCACUCUACUGCUCAACGGCCACGGAAAUUUAUCAACUGCUGACCGUGCAGGGAUUUUGGAUGAUGCCUUUUCUUUAGCAAGAGCUGGACUUGUGAGUUACUCUGUUCCUCUGGAGCUCACAAAAUACUUAACAAAUGAAGCAGACUAUUUACCUUGGCAUAGAGUUAUAUCAUCUGUAACUUACAUCGCAGAUAUGCUUGAAGACGAUACAGAUCUCUAUCCCCUGUUUCAGGAAUAUUUUCGCCAUCUGGUAAAACCCAUUGUGAAUAAACUGGGCUGGAGUGAUUCUGGAGACCAUUUGGACAGGCUUCUUCGUGCAUCUGUUCUCGACUUUGCUUGCAGCAUGAAUGACCCAGAGUCUCUGAGCAAUGCUUCUCAGCAAUUUGAGCAAUGGCUACAAGGAAAAACCAUUGCUGUAAAUCUCCGACUCCUGGUAUAUCGCUAUGGGAUGCAGAACUCCGGCAAUGAGUCAUCGUGGAAUUACAUGUUCAAGAUGUACCAGGAAACUUCAUUAGCACAAGAAAAAGAAAAACUGCUGUAUGGCCUGGCGUCAGUGAAUAACAUCAGCCUUUUGGACAGGUAUCUGAAAUACAUUUACGACACCAACUUCAUCAAAAGCCAAGAUGUGUUCACAGUCCUGAGAUACAUCUCCUAUAACACCUAUGGGAAAACAAUGGCCUGGGACUGGAUUCGGCUUAACUGGCAAUACUUAGUUGACAGAUUCACUAUAAAUGACAGAAACCUUGGCCAAAUAGUAACCAUCAGCCAAACCUUUAACACUGAACUCCAGCUUUGGCAGAUGGAAAAUUUCUUUGAGAAAUAUUCUAAUGCUGGGGCAGGAGAAUCACCCAGGAGUCAGUCAAUCGAGCAGGUGAAGACUAAUAUUCAGUGGCUGAAAGAUAACAAGGAGGAGAUACGAGCAUGGCUAGAGUCAUGGAAAGGCCCUUAA